AUGUUGUGAGUUCACGUUCUUACGGUUGCCAUUUAAUUGCUGUUGGAAUGUGUUUGUCUUUUUAACCAUACAUUUGAGAUGUCAUGACUUGUCCUUUCCUGCUCCAGUUACACAUUGUACAAGAUGUUUGAUGACUUGAUACUUCUAGCAAAAGGUGGCCUUAUCGUGUACCACGGACCUGUAAAGAAAGUGGAAGAAUACUUCGGAAGUAUAGGAAUCAAUGUCCCGGAACGUGCCAAUCCUCCAGAUCACUUGAUUGACAUUCUUGAGGGCAUAGUGAAACCUGGAGGAGGUGUGACUGUUCAGCAGCUCCCAGUUAGAUGGAUGCUUCACAAAGGUUAUCCAGUACCCAAUGAUAUGAUGCAAUAUUUGGAUCAAAUUGCUUCAUCCUCAACUGGUGUAAAUGCGAGUGCUAGUGGAGCCAGUGAACAAUCUUUUGUUGGAGAUUCAUUGCAGGAAAAGCAAGAACAUAUGCAACAUAUCUUUUUAUCAUCCAGUGACUUAUCUAAUCGAGUCACAGCUGGUGUUCUCCGACAGUACAGAUAUUACCUUGGGAGGGUUGUCAAGCAGAGAUUGCGAGAAGCUAAGAUACAAGCAGCGGAUUAUCUUAUCCUUCUGCUUGCUGGAGCAUGCUUAGGAACUCUUUCAAAAGUGAAGGGCGACACAUUUGGCUAUCGUGGUUACAUGUAUACUGUCAUUGCUGUUUCUCUCCUCGGCAAGAUUGCAGCUUUGCGGUCAUUUUCACUGGACAAAUUACAAUACUGGAGAGAGAGUGGAAGUGGCAUGAGCACUUUAGCUUGUUUUCUUGCAAAGGAUACCAUUGAUCACUUCAAUACACUAAUCAAGCCUUUGGUUUUUCUUUCAAUGUUCUUUUUCUUCAACAAUCCUAGAUCAACCUUCUUGGAUAAUUACAUUGUAUUGGUUUGCCUCGUCUACUGUGUGACAGGCAUGGCAUACGUAUUUGCCAUCUUACUUGAGCCUAGUCCAGCACAACUGUGGUGUGUUCUUGUCCCUGUUGUUCUGACACUCGUUGCAAAUCAGGACGAAGGAGAUAAAAUAGGGAGUGCUCUAGCAAACUAUUGUUAUCCAAAAUGGGCACUGGAAGCUUUCGUAAUUGCUAAUGCUCAAAGAUAUUCUGGAGUGUGGCUGAUAACGCGCUGCGGGACGCUACUGCAAUAUGGUUACAGUCUAAACGAUUGGACUCCUUGUCUAGUUUAUCUCCUACUCUGUGGCGUAGGUAGUCGUCUAUUAGCUUUCUUAUGUUUGGUGACUUUUGGGAAGAAAUGAGGUCGAAGUUGGGUUCUUGCCAAUGAUAAUUUUUGUACAAAUACAGGAGGAUUAGUUUUUUUGACAGACUUUGUAUCAUAGUUACUGAAUUUUGGAUUGAUCAGAGGAUAAACAGUUUCUGACUAAGGAAUAGGAGAUGAUAGUGGUCACAGACAUUUUUACAACAAAAGGAUGUGUAUUGAAUGCGUCGUCGAGGCUUUUUUGUUUUUUGGUUCUCGCA